CCAGCUGUCUCUGACCAUCUGUUGCUGUCUGUCACAGGCCUCUCUUCUGUAUGCUAUCCUGUUUGUCAAGCCCAGCUCGGAGGCUCUAGGUUUCCAUGACAACAAGAAGCUUGGAGGAUCUGGAUGGGGGCUUGGGCAGCUGUCUCCCCAGCGAUGACCUCCCAUUACUGGAGGAGCUACACUCAGGCCGGCGGCCAGGCAGCAAGGCACAAGGGGCAUCCAGGCAAGCUGACUCUGGUAGCUGGACACAUGUCCUCCAGGACCCAGGGACCCCUGGCUCUGCAGAGAAAAAGAUCGCUGCCAAGGAGGGCCCAGGAACCAGCAAAGGGACGCCGAAAGCUGAGACAAGUGCCCGGAGUGUUCCUGCGCGUAGUAGGUGGCAGGCUGCGCCUCCCCUGAACCCGCCGCCGCCGCCACCGCUGUCUCUGAGCGACAACCUGCCCUGGGGAGACCUGACACUCAACAAGUGCCUGGUGGUGGCCUCGCUGGUGGCGCUGCUGGGCUGGGUUCUCCAGCUGUGUCAGAAUGCAGUGGCUGGGGAGGUGGUGGUUGCUGCCCCUCAGCAGUGGGUCCCGCCCAGUGUUCCACCCAAGAAGCCAGAAGUGUCCCUGCUUAAGCCCCUGCUCUCGGUGCCCCCAUCGGGGCCUCCUGAGCCCAAGUCUGGGCCACCCGGAGCCCAGGCGCUGCAGCAGGACAAGUCCGAGGCUACAGAGGGAUCCGAGCAGGAAGCCUCUGGGGAGAAGCGCGCCCCCCUUGGGGACCGAGGGUCCCAGGAGAGGCUGCAGAAGGAGAAACCAAGGAAAGGAGAGAAGCUGAAGAAGGAGAAGCCGAGGAGGGACAAGCCCAUGACGGACGAGAGGCCGCGGGCCACCAGGGAGCCCCGCCAAUCCCUGCCCCGGCGCUGGACGCGGGACUCCAGGGAACUCAAGCAUGAGAAGCGGCAGACCUGGGCUCUCCGGCGACGCCAUGACGGUGACGACCGGUCUAGACAGAAGCCCCACGGGGGCAAGGGGCGCGACUGAUCCCGCCUCCCUCCAGCACCAGCCAAUAAAACCCGUGCUUCGACAGCCA